AUGGAGGGCCUGUCGCAAGCGCGGGCCGCUGACGUCACGGCGCUCGCCGGCGCCCCUGUGACGUCACACCCCGGCCGGCGCAGUUCUCGGGGUCCGCGCGCGGGAGGAGCGGCCCGCGGCGGGCGCGUCCCCGCGGCGCAGGGCCACGCUCACAGCCCGGGCCACACCAUGAAGUCAGUAAAGAAGGAGUCCCGCUUGAGAAUACCCGCAAGCAGAUUCUUGGAGGCCGCAGAACUCAUUAAAGAAAGGAAGCGGGCAAAGGUACCUGAGCAGCUCACACCCCCCGUUCAGGAAGAACCUGAGCCUGUUAGCAGUGUCCUACAAGGGGGUGACAUCCUGGCCUUAGCCAUUAAAAAGGAAGACUUGAAGAAGCAACACAUUCCUCGCUUUAUUGAGACACAAGAUAGACCUGUCGUCACCCAGAAAUUUAUCAUCCGUAAACUCAAACCCAAGGAUCAUAAGAGGAAGGUCUGCCACUUAGUAGCAUAUCCUGCUACUCCAGAUGCAGCCACGAAGCCCCUGGACUACUCUGGUCCGGGUGACAGCUUCCAUGGCUGUGACCAGAUUCUGCCUCACCACAUCUUGGGGAGUCUCCAGGACUUUAAGAGAAUUGCAGUUGCUCGAGGAAACAUCCAGAGCUGUGAGGAGACCAGUGGGUUCUGGAGUCGACUGGAAUACUUGGGAGAUGAAAUGACGGGUCUGGUAAUGACAAAGACCAAAGCUCAGCGUGGCCUCCUGGAACCGAUCACUCAUGUCAGGAAGCCCCACUGCAUCCAGGCGGAGACAGGACUGCCGGCCCAGAAGGAUGCUUGGUACCGCUACACCUGGGAUCGGAGUCUGUUCCUGAUCUACCGACGCAAGGAGCUGCAGAGCGUCAUGGCAGAGCUGGACUUCAGCCAGCAGGAUAUCGAUGGCCUGGAGGUGGUGGGCAGAGGGCAGCCUUUCUCGACCGUUACCGUGGAAGACUAUCCAGUAUUCGAUAGGAGCCAGGAAAGUUCCUCUGAAGACACAGGGCCCUCAGACUCAUUGGCCAGUUACCCUGACGAUGUCCCCAUGCCUGUUCUUGGCCCUUCUCUGCUGUUCUGUGGGAAGCCAGCCUGCUGGAUCAGAGGCCGUAACCCAGAAGACAAGAAGCGUGUUGGCAUCGCUGUUCGCUUGACCUUCGAAACUCUAGAAAGGGAGAAGACCUCUUCGGAACUGACCGUGGUCAAUAAUGGCACCGUGGCCAUUUGGUACAACUGGCGGAGGCGGUCUCAGCUGGACUCUUUCCAAGACCUGAAGAGAAACAGGAUGGAGCGGUUUUACUUUAACAAUAGAGAAGGUGUGAUUCUGCCUGGAGAAACGAAAACCUUUACCUUCUUCUUCAAGUCUCUGAAUGCUGGCAUCUUCAGGGAAUGUUGGGAGUUUCGAACCCACCCCGCCUUAUUAGGAGGUGCUCUCCUGCAGGUCAACCUCCGCGCAGUCUCCCUGACCCAGGAUGUUUUCAGGGAAGAGAGGAAGUUACUGAAGGACAAGCUGGCUGCCCACGAAGCGGUCACCAUUGUGGACAGCGUGCUGCAGGAGCUGUUGAGUGGGAUCCUGACCCCAGAGCGUGCGCCGUCCCCCGUGGACGCCUAUCUCACUGAGGAGGACUUGUUCCGCCACAGAAAUCCUCAGCUGCAUUACCAGCACCAAGUGGUGCAAAACCUGCACAGGCUGUGGCGCCAGUACCUCACCCUGCCCCCCAAGGCCGAGGAGGCCAGCCCCAGUGAGGAGGAGCGCCACAGCCCCAGGGCCCGGGCUGCCUACUUGGAGAAGGCCUCCGUGAACGUGGAGCCCUCGGCACACUCUAAGAGCCCGGUCUCAGAAUCCCAAGUGCCCCGGCAGGAGAAUGAGGCCUUCAGGGACUCCCGAGACGCUUUAGGGUCCCAGAAGCCUGGAGCAGGGGCUCAGAGUUCUCAGCGGAAGAGCAUUAUGGAGGAGAUCCUGGUGGAGGAGAGCCCAGACCUGGGGAGCACCAAGAGCCCCUGGGAGCUGGAUGGCCUUCCCCCACCUGAGUGGAACCUCUGUUUGGAGGAUUUCAGAAAGGCAGUGAUGGCACUCCCUGAGGAGAGCCAGAGGGAGGACGCCCUCAUCGGGCUCAACAAAGCAGCCCUGGAGCUGUGCCAGGAACCGAGGCCCCUGCAAUCUGACUUGCUGCACCAGAUGUGUUUGCAGCUAUGGCGGGAUGUGAUUGAUGGCCUGGUGGGCCAUUCCCUGUGGCUGAGGGCUCUGCUGGGCCUGCCUGAGAAGGAGACCAUCUAUUUGGACCUACCAGAAGAGCAAGAUCGCAAGUCCCCGCCUGUUACAGAAGUGAAAGCGACUGCCGGGAAGGUUGGGAAGGAGGACCGGAAAGGGGCAGCCCAGGAAAAGAAGCAGCUGGGAAUCAGAGAGAAAGAGGAUAGAAAACCUGCCAAGCUGCCGGGGAAAGAGGACCGUUUAAACAGCAAGAAGCACAAGGCAAAGGAUGACAAGAAACCGCUGAAGUCUUCAAGUCGGGACAGGGUUUCCUUGGAAGACCCUGCCCCUGACAGCACUAUGACCUCCCAGGAACCCAUAGAUCCCCUGGUCAUGAAGAAAUACACCGAGAGGCUGCACACGGAGGUCUACGGGCUGCUGGACACCCUAGUGACUGACCUCAUGGUCCUGGCUGACGAGCUCAGACCCAUAAAGAAUGUCGAGGAGACUUUGCGUCUUUGUCGGAAGGUCACUGCAGAGGCUGCUCGUGGUCCCGGGGCUGGGGCCAAGGGAGCCUGCACCGGAGCCCCCGGGAAGCAGGACUCAAGGAUCGGCUCCCCACCCUGGGACUAA